GAUGCAGAGCGACAGGAGCCGUUGCGUGGACCUUCACACGUGUCCUCUUCGCCUUUCUUCACCCAAUUGCCAUAAUCGUGGGAAUACAAAUUAAAAAAGGCGACAGGAACGAAACGGGGAGCAGCCGCUCUCGAAUGAACGUAAGAAUCUUCACAAACGGCUUGGUUUUGACAGUUUUUAAGGUACCUGUUUUCUUGCUGGCCACUGGACGAUUCCACGGGGGUGCUUUCGGUUUGCGUCGUUUUUCUCCGCUUUACACGUUUUCAUAUUUAGGCUGAAUAUGUACGCCGCCCACGCGGCCGUGCUGCGCGGUGGAGUGCGUAGUGGCGCUUCAGCGUGCACCAGCAAACGGGGCCGUUGGCAACCUUUAGUGCUGACCGUCGGCCGCCGGCAAGCGUCCACCAAGGCAGGGCCUCCCACGUCGUCCCACAUGCCGUUCCGCAGUACCACAAAAUUUAAACUCACCCCUGCGCAGGUGAAUGAGACGAACGUGCCGAGUGCGAGGGAGGUGGCGCAGAUGAUCCCGACGCUGCGCGAGCUGCAGGCACAACUGCCAGACGCGCUUGCGUUAGAGCAGCGCUACAUACGUCCAGAAAACGUCGUGGCGCCGGCGCCGGAGUCGGCUAGCACCGCAGACGCGGCAGACGAUAAUGACUUUGACGGCGCAGGCGGCAAGCCGUCGACCACACCCUUUUUUGUGAAAACAACGGACCCGCUCGAGGAUCUGCUGUUUGGGCCUCCAAAAGAGGAAGGAACUUCUGCGGAGACGACCACUGAGGAGGACAAGCGUCCGCGGCGGCAGCAUUUACUGUUGGCCUACCGUGCGCUGCUGUGGGGCACCGCGUACGCGUUGCUGGGGGUUGGCGCUACCGUCGCGGGCGCCAUGUAUCUGUGCGGUUACCACAACCUGGGCGAGUUGCUAGACGGCGUGCGAGGAAAGGCUCGUCGCGACGAAGAUCGUCUGCGCGGCUGCGUCGCCGUCGACGACGCAGCUUCUUCGGUGGAGCACUUCGUCAUCGACCUCACCCACCCGGCCGAGGCGUGGAGACAACUUCAGGAGGUGUGGUCGGCGGUGCAGCGCCUUGCCGAGGAGGAAGAUGCGAAGACGCAGAAGUCUGUGCCGCUCUGA